AUGGGUCUGGUUUCUGUCCUCAACGAGAAGAGCCGAGCUCAGACCUGGCAAACAUUGGGGUGGCUAUUGCAGCUUUCUUGGCAACAUCUACUUUACUUCCAUCCAUUGUUUAAAUUCCCGGGUUCUUGGUAUGCCGCUGGAUACGGACAUCAAACACUAAAAGCUCUGCACGACAAAUACGGCGAGGUGGUACGCGUUGCUCCCGACAAACUCUCAUUCUCGUCCGCCACAGCAUGGAAGGACAUCUACGCGCAACGCAAAUCGGGACCCAAUUUCAUAAAAGACCACAAGUUCUAUACCACAGAUGACGAGCAAUCCCACGCUUUCUCCCCAAAAGCUCUACUAGAAGAGGACAUCGUGCUCAAGUACGCCGACAUGCUAAUGGUCGCCAUCCGCGAAGAAUCAGCUAAAGGAUCACUCUACUUCAACGAUUGCUACAACUGGGUGACCUUUGAUGUUCUCGGUGAACUCUCAUUCGGCGAACCCUUUGGUUCUGUCGAAGCUAGAAGGCCUGAUGAAUGGAUCGACACGGUACUUCAAAUGGUAGUCUUUAUCGCCUGGUACUCUGCUCUCUACAAGCUACACCCUGUUUUCUCAUCCUUAUACUCGUACCUCAUCCCUCCGUUCGUGCGCAAGGCAACAGUAAGCCAUGUCACGCAAUCCAAGGCCAAGAUCUUGUCACGAAUGGAGGGAGGAGAACGGGAGGAUGGAAGGAAGGAUUUCUACAGUUACAUCUUUGAGCUAAGGAAGGAGAUGGGGCUUCAUGAGUGGCAUAUGGCUGCAUAUUCGAAUGCAAUGAUUAUAGCCGGGAGUGAGACGACAGCUACGGUGAUGAGUGCGCUUACGUAUCAUCUUUGUCGAUUACCGGCCAUAUACGACAAACUCAAGCAGGAAGUCAGGUCACGAUACAAGUCGGGCAACGAGAUCACGAGCUUGAGUGCGACGUUUCCGUAUUUGACGGCGGCCAUACAUGAGAUUCUGAGACUCCUCCCUCCCAUUCCGUUUGGGAUGCCCCGAAUUGUGCCGCCAGGAGGAGACACGGUUGAUGAGAUGUUUAUCCCUGGAGGAACCACAGUCAGCGUCCACGCCUGGUCCUUAACACACAGCGACAAGAACCUCAAAGAUCCGGAUAAGUUUAUUCCAGAGCGAUGGUUAGAUCCAGACAACACCGAUCAACGUGAGGCCAGCAAUCCGUUUUUACUUAGACCGCGGGCGUGCAUUAGGCAGAACAUGGCAUGGAUGGAAAUGCGAAUUUUGAUCGCGAAGAUGGCGUUCUUUGAUUACGAACUAGUCGAUGAUAAUCUAGACUGGGAACGGGACAGCCUAGCUUUUAUUUUGUGGCAGAAACCGGAGUUGUGGACAAAGGUUAUAUCAAGGAACGUUGACUGA